AGGUAAGGACUGGUGCAUACGUUGAUAGCAAUGAAAUAUUGGAUUUGCAAAGUUAUUCAGUGAUAAACUGACUUUGGAGAAUACGAGCAGGGUGUUGAUUCUGAUUACGCAGUUCUAGCAAUCAUCAAUUUAUACAAAGUGGACGAAGAGUUUAUCUAUGCUAAGAUGCUUAUUUGCCUGUCUUCCUGGCCAGUAUAAAAGAUGAAGAUAUGUAAAUACAGCGAGAAGGUAUCGCUGAACAUGAACUGCGGCAGGCCUGUAGGCACUAGGCACCGCGCCUGUGCUGCAUGUAAGUUCAACUCGCCACAGAGGAAGCCUCGAUUCUGGGACAAGAGACAAGCGGAGAGGUCCCCUUCUGCACGGAACUACGGAAGAAACAAAAAAGAAACGGAGAUCUGGGAUCUCCAGAAGACCCAAAAAACUGCACCUAUUUGUCUUGGGUUGCUGAUAAUGUAUUGUUUUGACUGACUCCUGUUGCUGCAGAUCCAAGGGCGGUUUUCUCAUUGGUAGCUGUUGGUUCAUCCGCGGUGGAGAGAGAGACCCAAGCCAAGUAGGCCAACUUCAGUCCUCACGAUCUCCCAACUUGAACAACUAGGCUCCAUAUCCCGGGGCCUCACUGGGCCACCACCACACGAGCAAAUUGCAGUGUGAGAAAAGUGGGUGCCCUUUGUCGUGGAACGGCUUGCUGGGCGGCUGUCUUUGCUGGUGUCUGCACAGAGUCAGCUUCGUCUCUGUCCUACUUUGGCGGCCAACUGGUAUCUCUCGAAUUUUCGAGUCACGGCAAUGUUACGGGGGACCCCAUUUUCUGUGGGGAACUGGCGUCAGUUGCAAAACACACGACCCCUCCCUGCCUUUGUGGGCGUGUGGACAAGGAGAAAGGUCACCCACAAGGCAAAGGCUUUAAAAGCUUUCAAGAGCGGAGGCUGAAGGGAGGACCGUGUAGUGCUGCUGCUUCAGUUUCUUCCCCGUCCUCGCUAUUGCAGAGACCUUGGACGCGAGACAGAUUCCAGAGUCAGAGCAGGGGGCACAUGGUUGAUGGCAUCCCUUGAGUCAGGUUCUUCACAAUUCUUGUUCAACAGCAAUGUGAUCGACAACACAUUUGAUAUUUAUGAGUGCAAUAGCUUGGCAGGCACUGAAGUGCCAGAUUAUAGGCGGUAUUCUCAGUCUCGGCGCAGUAGUGUUCCUGAUCCACCUCCAUUACCGGGAACUAAUUUUGGUGUAUCAAGAACUUGUAGAAAUACAAAAGCUUGUAUUUCUGUCCCUGAAGAGAUCCAGGACUCAUGGAACAAGUUAUUCUUAGAAGGGUAUCAAGCCGAUGUCCGUGUCUCAGCAGAUGAUGGAAGCGAUAUAUUGUCACAUUCUUGCAUUCUUGGUAUCAGAUCUCCUGUCCUAAGAACUAUGUUGGAAGAUGCUAGAGUACAACAUGGUUUACGACAUAUCCUGAUUUCUGGUGUACCAUCAGAAGCAGUUCAUAUCUUCAUCAGAUUUCUUUACUCUUCAAGUUUUGAACAGGAGGAGAUGAAAAAGUAUGCUCUUCAUGUGCUUGUACUGUCCCAUGUUUUCUCGGUACCAUCUUUAAAGGUUGUCUGCAUCAACCAACUUGAGAGAUUUUUUCUUGCUCCUGAAAACGUGGUAGACAUGCUACAACUGGCUAGACUGUGUGACGCGCCAAGGCUCUCCGUCAUCUGUACCCGUAUGAUCACUGAAGAUUUCAGAACUAUCUCUCUGUCAGAAGGGUGGAAAGUAAUGAGACAGGUCAACCCAAGCCUGGAGCAGGAGCUUCUUGAGUUUCUUGUUGAAGUGGAUACUAGAAGGCAAGAAAGAGCUAAAAGGAUGGAGGACAAGAAGGUUUAUCUUCAAUUACAUGAAGCUAUGGAAGCUCUUGUUCAUAUAUGUCUAGACGGAUGUCGCACGAUUGGCCCUCGGGAUCAAAAUCUCAAGGGUACUCAAGCUGCUUGUAAGUUUCCUGCCUGCAAGGGUAUUGAGUUUCUUGUGCGGCACUUCUCGGCAUGCAAAAUGCGAGUGCCUGGUGGCUGCACCAACUGCAAGCGCAUGUGGCAACUUCUUGAGCUGCAUUCUUGCAUGUGUUCCACACCAGACAAAUGCAGGGUUCCUCUAUGCAGGCAUUUUAAGGAGAAAAUGAAACAGCUGAGCAGAAAAGAAGAGAUCAAAUGGAACCUUUUGGUCUGUAAGGUGCUGGAGAGCCAAGGAACAAUUAGUUCCAUCCCGCAAAGGAGAAAAUUCUCCUCCCUCAAACCAUCAUCUUGAAGUUGAAUGUAGAUCUUGUUUAGUGGUUUUUUUUUUGUCAAACUCAGUGGAUCAGUGAACUGUAGUAAAUGAUAUUGUGAAUAAUCUUUCUGACUACUUGCUUCAUGUUCGCCU